CAGCCUAGACACAUAAUGGCUCCAUGACGCAGUUGUUUCGGUCUAAUGCGCUUCUGAAGUCAAGCACAAGCCUCUGUAAUCGACAAAUAUGUGGCUGAAACAGAUAGUUACUGCAGUUGUCCUGUUGCUUGUGAGUUUAGCAUACGGAGAUGAUGAGAUAUAUUCAGCUAUUUUGGAGAAGGGAGAAAAAUCUUCUAAUGUAGUAAUCCGGAGAGGAAACUAUGAUGAUCCAGUUGCGAGCGGAAAGCUUAGUGGAAGUAUACAAAAAUCGGGCUGGGAAUUCUUCCAAGUUGUAACCCGUGGUGACUACAAAGACAAGCAGCAAGCAUUGGUUGCUGGCAUGCUGGAGGGUUAUGUGACGUCACAUUUGAUUGACAUGCACUGGCUUAACACGUUGGCUGAUUAUUGCUCAGAGGACCCAGAUUUCUGCUUCUCUCUCGGUGAAUUCCUCGGAGAGAAUCUGUCUUGGAUGAGAUUUCAGAUACAGAACAACCCAACAGAUGAAUACUGGCACCAGGUUGAACUUGUUCUUGAGCAGCUUGAGGGUCUGAAAGAAGGAUACAGAGAAAACAAAAGUAAAGCUGAAGGAGCUGUCAUUCCUGAUUUUGGAUUCCUCUUGAUGCAAGUCGCUGGUGACUUAGAUGGUUUGGAACAAGCUCUCGGUAGGAAAACUCUGAGUAAAAGUUUUGGCACAGGGUCAUGCUCCGCACUUGUCAAGCUGUUGCCUGGCAACAAGGAUCUGCUGAUUUCACAUGACACGUGGGGUUCUUACAACACUAUGCUACGGCUGUUUAAGUCUUAUAACUUUCCAUUUAAUCGUCAAAGCAUCACAGAUUCCGAUAUCCCUGCCAUUGUACCAGGAAAAAAGCAAUGCUUUUCUUCAUACCCAGGACGGCUCCUGAGUGGAGAUGACUUCUACAUGAUCAACAGUGGAUUGUUAGUACAAGAGACGACCAUAGACAACGAUAACCCAGCUUUGUGGAAAUACGUUCAACCUGUUGGCACUGUUUUAGAAUGGAUCAGGAACCUGGUGGCUAAUCGCCUUGCCAAUACGGCGCGGGAAUGGGUCGAGAUUUUUUCCAAGUAUAAUAGUGGAACCUACAAUAACCAGUGGAUGGUCGUGAACUAUAAGCAGUUUGUCCCGAAUCAACCGCUUGCGCCCGAUACAUUCUGGGUUCUUGAGCAACUACCAGGAACUGUUAUCAUGGCGGACAUGUCCGAAAUCCUCGACAACGAGCGAUACUGGGCAAGCUACAAUCUUCCAUACUUCCCUGAAAUCUACAACUUAAGUGGCCAACCAGAGAAUGUCAAGAAAUACGGUCCAUGGUUUGAUUAUCAUUUGAACCCACGAGCUCAAAUCUUCAAAAGGGACCAAGGAAAAGUGAACGACUUGAGUGGCUUCAUAACGUUAAUGAGAUAUAACGAUUACAAAUACGACAAUCUGUCCAAGUGCUCCUGUUCACCUCCGUACAGUGCUGAGAAUGCUAUAUCAGCCCGCUCCGACCUCAAUCCUGCAAAUGGCUCCUAUCCUUUCAGUUUUUUAGGCCACAGAAACCAUGGAGGCACAGACUGCAAGGUGACCAGUUAUGACCUAUUCAACAAAUCACUGUCGUGUAUGGCGGUCAGCGGUCCCACACAUGACCAGCAGCCUAUCUUUAAAUGGAGCACGUCGGGCUGGAAAAGGCCUAUGGGACAUCCUGACGCCUGGGACUUUGAACCUGUCAUGGUGAAAUUUUCUCCACUCGAGCUUUGAAUAAAAUUGAUCACGUUUUCAAAAACUGAAGAGGCCGGUUAUUUACACAAGGUCUAACCCAAAUCGCGGUCUUACAGAAGCAGUAGGCUUCUGGUAUUCUUUGCGAGAGGGUUUAUAUAAUCAAAUAAAUGUUAUCUCUACUGUUAGCUUUCGGCCCUCUCUACACUGUUCUCAAAAAUAAAUGUUCAGAUGAAAGGUUCGACAAAAUUGAAGGUAAUUUAGAACGCGUUUUUGUUUAACAACAGAUAAACUUCGUUAAAAUAACUGGCCCUAGUUGUUUCAAGCUCAAGAAGCAUGCCAUGUAAAUAUUUUCUUCAUUGCUUAACACUGGAAAAAUGAAAGUUCUCAAACCAA